GUUCAAGUUCAAGAGAUGGCUAAAGGGAAUCAUUCUGAAAUCACUGAAUUCAUUCUUUUGGGCCUCACCGCCCGUCCAGAGCUGCAGGUUGUACUGUUUAUCCUAUUUCUUUUCAUCUACUCGGUUAGUGCUGUGGGAAAUCUUGGUCUGAUCCUGCUAAUCCGAGUCAGUUCCCACCUUCACACACCCAUGUACUUUUUCCUCAGCCACUUGGCAUUUGUGGAUUUUUGCGUUACUUCUACCAUUACCCCUAACAUGCUCAUUAACUUUGUUCAGGAAACCAAUGUUAUUUCUUUCCAUGCAUGUGCCAUCCAGGUGUAUUGCUUCAUUUCAUUUGUAAACACUGAGAUGUUUCUCUUGGCUGCGAUGGCCUAUGAUCGCUACGUAGCCAUAGGUAACCCCCUGCUCUACACUGUUGCUAUGUCUCGAAGGCUCUGUAUGCAGCUAGUAGCUGUUCCCUACAUAUACUGCUUCACCAUAGCACUCUUUAACACCAUCAUCACAUUCCGUUUUUCUUAUUGUGCCUCGAAUGUCAUUAAUCACUUCUACUGUGAUGACAUUCCUCUCUUAGCCCUCUCCUGCUCAGACACUCAUGUUAAAGAACUGUUGAUAUUUGUUUUUGCUGGAUUUGAUAUGAUCUGUUCCUUGUUGAUUGUCAUCAUCUCCUAUGUCUUCAUCAUUGCUGCCAUCUUACGGAUCCGCUCAACAGAGGGCAGACUCAAGGCCUUCUCCACCUGUGGGUCCCACAUGGUAGCAGUCACCAUUUUCUAUGGCUCUCUAAUCUUUAUGUAUUUGCAGCCACGGUCUAACCAUUCACUGGACACAGAUAAAAUGACAUCAGUGUUUUAUACCAUAGUUAUCCCCAUGUUGAACCCCCUUAUUUACAGCUUGAGGAACAAGGAGGUGAAAGGGGCUCUCAGGAAAGUGAUGGGAAAUAGUUGGGUGGUUGCUUAUUUAAAGGAUUUAGGUAAAUGA